CGUCGAACGACUGCAUACCGAGAUGUUGAGCCUUCGCCGCCUUCGCCCGCUCUUGCUGCACCGCACUUUCACCUCGUCGGCGCGGCCGCUCCUAGACAUUUAUCAGGAGGCAGUGACGAAGCAAGAAAUUCGCGCUGAUGCCGUACAGGUCAAGGCACUGGCGCACCUCCAGCGCCUCCAGGACGAGGUGCUCGCCAUGAGCCUCUCAACGCCUGUUGCCGCUGAGAUCGAAGAGCCGACAUCCAUAUUUUCAGCCUGGUUUGGUGCAAAGGAAGAGCGUGUGCCUGAAAAGAUGGCGAGUCCGAAAGGCGUCUACAUGCACGGCGGCGUGGGCUGUGGCAAGACGUUUCUCAUGGACAUGUUCUACGACAACUUGCCGAUCGAAAGCAAGCGCCGGGUGCACUUCCACAAGUUUAUGCUCGAGGUUCACGAGAAGAUGCACAUGCUGCGCAAAGCAGGCUUGCACGAGGACCCCAUCCCGCACAUCACGAAGGAGCUCGUCGCGACGAGCCGCGUCAUUUGCUUUGACGAGUUCCAGGUCACGGACGUCGCGGACGCGCUUAUUCUGCGCCGCCUCUUUUCGGCAAUGAUCGAGGCCGGCAGCAUUGUCGUUGCUACAUCCAACCGUCCACCGACAGAUUUGUACAAAAACGGUCUUCAGCGCGACCUGUUUUUGCCGUUCAUUGCACUGCUUCAGGAGACGUCUGUCGUGCACUCUCUGGACGAAUCUUCAACGGACUACCGCAAGCUCAAGGGUGAAGAUGAAGUCGAGCACGUGUAUCGACAGCCUCUCACGGAAGCCAACCAGCGGCUGUUCUACGAGCACUUUAAGCUCUUCACCAAGGGCGACGCAAUCGAGCCCGUGAAGCUGCACACGCAGGGUCGUGCCGUGAACGUCGAACACGCGGCGAUCCGCGAAAAGGUCUGCCUGGUUACGUUCUCCGAGCUCUGUGACAAACCGCUGGGCGCUGCCGACUAUCUCGUCCUUGGCGAGGCUUUCGACACGGUGUUUGUUCAAGACAUUCCGCUCCUCGAUAUUAGCAACCGCAACACGACACGCCGGUUCAUCACGUUUGUCGACUGCAUGUACGAGAAGAAAGUCCAGCUCUACUGUCUCGCGGCCGCGCUUCCGAUGCAUCUCUUGGUGCAAAACCCCGAGAGCAAAUCCGUGCUUGACGAAGCGUUUGCGUUCGACCGAACAGUCUCCCGUCUCCUCGAGAUGCAAAGCGAGGAGUAUGUGACAAAGGCCAUCGAUGCGCAAAAGCCGGACCGAUUCGAGCUCCUCGAGGCGCUGCGUGCCAAGGAAAUUUUGUACGAUGAUGUCAAAAGACUCUGGAAUGAGUACAACACCAACGCCAAUGGCUUCUUGGAGGAGCACGAGAUGCGUAUGCUGCUGGAAGACAUUAACGAGCUUCACAACGGAUCGCGCGAUGUGCCGCCGCAAGUGCUCGAAGAGAUCUUCCGGGAAUAUACAAAGAAGCUGCCUCGCCUUACGUUCCCUCAGUUUCAAGCUUUCUGGAAAGCCAAGGGCCUUACCAAGUGGUGGUAAGUUGAUACGACAUGGACCGCUAUCCAGGCACCAAAUACCGGUAUAUAUAUCUACUGAUUGGACUUCAAACAAGUU